AUGUUCUCCGCCGUGCUGCCGUCUCUUCUGCUCAUGUGCUUCGUCUUGUUCUUCUUCUGGUACGAGCCGCGCCUGCGCGACAGCGCCCGACACAUUUUCUUCCUCAACCUCGUUGUUGUGGACGUCUUCUUCAUCGUCGCCGUCGGGUUGCAGGCGUUCCACGAGCUCAACAAUGCUCACAGCAUCCCGAUCACCGAGUGCAUCAUCUUCGCCAUCGUUUCCAUGACGUGCAUCGUUAACGGCAUUGGGUGCAUCACCAUUAUGGCCGUGGAGCGCUACAUCUCCAUCUGCCACCCGCUCCGAUACCACAGCCUCAUCAACAGCGCUUCAAUUCGCAGGUGUCUGGUUGUCAUCUGGAUCAUUCCGAGCAUCUCCACGCUCAUCGAGGCCUGUUUCUUCUUCAUGAACGACCUCUCGUUAUUCCCCACCGUGUCCGACUGCAACAAUUUGCAUCUGGGAAAACUCUUCAGAAAUGCUUACACAUUCAUCUGCUUGCGGAUCACCGAGUCAGUGGUGCUGCUCAUCAUCUCCAGCGCCAUCACCAUCGCAAGCUACGUGGGGGUGAUCCGCGCUGCUAAGAACGCCUCGGUGCAUCAGUCGAGCUUCGAUAAGGCCCGCAAGACCAUCCAGCUCCACGUUCUGCAGCUGAUUCUCUACCUGAGUACCCUUUUGGCCAUUCCCAUCUACGAAUGCUGGGACGUCUCAGAUGAGGAAAUGGCAACUGCAGUCCUUCAAAUGAGCAUGUACGUGGUCAUGUUUGUCAUUCCCAGCGCGCUACGCGAGAUCGGCGGCGUGCUGCGGUGA